AUGGCGGCGCUGACAUCACCGUACAAGCCGAAGAGGAUCCUAAUCACGGGCGCGGCGGGGUUCAUCGCGUCCCACGUGGCGAUCCGCAUCGUGCAGAAGUACCCGGAGUACAAGGUGGUGGUGCUGGACAAGCUGGACUACUGCUCCAACCUCAAGAACCUGCUCCCCGUGAGCAGCUACCCCAACUUCAAGUUCGUCAAGGGCGACAUCGCCAGCGCCGACCUCGUGAGCUUCAUCCUGGCCACCGAGGGCAUCGACACCGUGAUGCAUUUCGCCGCCCAGACCCACGUGGACAACUCCUUCGGCAACUCCUUCGAGUUCACCAAGAACAACAUCUACGGCACCCACGUCCUGCUCGAGUCCUGCCGGAUGGCCGACGCGGGGCAGAUCCGGCGCUUCAUCCACGUCAGCACCGACGAGGUGUACGGCGAGACGGACGGCGACGCGGUGGUGGGCAACCACGAGGCGUCGCAGCUGCUGCCGACGAACCCGUACGCGGCCACCAAGGCAGGGGCGGAGAUGCUGGUGAUGGCGUACGGGCGGAGCUAUGGCCUCCCCGUGAUCACCACGCGCGGGAACAACGUGUACGGUCCGCACCAGUUCCCGGAGAAGCUGAUCCCCAAGUUCUUGCUGCUGGCCAUGAGGGGACAGCGCCUGCCCAUCCACGGCGACGGCACCAACGUCCGCAGCUACCUCUACUGCGAGGACGUGGCCGAGGCGUUCGAGGUGGUGCUCCACCGCGGCGAGGUCGGCCACGUCUACAACAUCGGCACAAAGAAGGAGCGCACGGUGAUGGACGUGGCCAGGGACAUCUGCGGCCUCUUCGGCCUCAACGCCGACGAGGCCAUCGAGUUCGUCGACAACCGGCCGUUCAACGACCAGAGGUAUUUUCUGGACGACGAGAAGCUCAAGAGCUUGGGGUGGCGCGAGCGCACGCACUGGGAGGAGGGCUCCGGAAGACCAUGGAGUGGUAGUGAUGCAGCUGCUUGCAGGUCGGAGGCAGCGCCGGCGGUGGACGUGACGGCGGCGAGGGACCUUAUUAUCUCCUCUGCCGGCGGCCACCGCUACCUGGACGUGAGGACGGAGGAGGAGCUCGCCAAGCUGGGCCAUCUCGUGGAGCCCCAAAGCUCCCUCAACGUCCCCUACAUGUUCAUCACUCCGGAAGGAAGCCGGGUGAAGAACGUCCAAUUUGUGGAGCAGGUGGCGUCGCUUUUGACCAGCAAAGAGGAACCCGUCCUAGUGGGGUGCCAAAGCGGCAAGAGAUCAGAGCUAGCAUGCAUUGAUCUCCAAGCAGCAGGAUUCAAGAAGGUCAAGAACAUGGGAGGUGGCUACCUUGCCUGGGUGCACCAUGGCUUCCCCGUCCACCACGGCACCACCCACUCCCCGUCCCCGGCGACAUGGAACAUGAUGCAUCUCCACGUCCACCAACACCGCCACCAGCACCAAGCAGCCAAGCCUAGCCUCAAUGGCGGCCACGCACAGCAGCAGACAGAUCCCUAA